AUGUUAGCAAGAAAUAUGUUAAGAAGACAUAUUUUUAAAAAUUGCCCCAGAUUUUACAGUGAAAUAUCUGGCCAAAAUCAAGGCGGUACUUCAUCCUCAGCACCACCAACACAAGCUAGUGUAAAUGCUAAUGUUCCUGGUCUUAGUAGUGCAGUUAUCCAUGAGGCUUCUGAGCCUCUAGGGCCUGGUGUGGAUCCCAAUAAAAGUGGUCCAUAUAAAGUGCCUGAAUAUUUUUGUUAUGACAACAUGAGUUACUUUGAAGCUGAAAUCGAAAUGGCGAAAUUUAGACUACCACAACCAUCAGCUGUAAAAAAG